GGGUUGCAGAGCCAACCAGACAGUUAUGGAGGUGCAGAUGACAGACUCCAUCAUUCCUCUGUAUCAGCAGCUCCUUGGGCAGUUUGAGCUUUCUGAGUUGGCGCAGAAAGAACAUUCUUUGUUGUGCUUUUUUGAUGACAUUUUUGAUGUUGGGUGUCCAUUUUAGAUCUUGCGAUAUGGUAGGACCUAGAAAUUUGAAGGUCUCUACUGUUGAUACUGUGUUGUCUAGUAUUGUGAGAGGUGGAAGUAUGGGAGGGUUUCUCCUAAAGUCUACCACCAUUUCUAUGGUUUUGUGAUUGUUCCGGUUGCACCAUGAGGCUAAUUGUUCAACCUCCCGUCUGUAUGUGGAUUCAUCAUUGUCUCGAAUGAGACCGAUAACUGCUGCAAACUUCAGUAGUUUAACAGGUGGAUCGUUAGAGAUGCAGUCGUUGGUAUACAGAGAGAAGAGAAGUGGGGAGAGCAAACAGCGUUGGGGGGGCCCUGUGCUAAUUGUGCAGGUAUCUGAUGCGAUACUUUAGGAAGCCCAGUGUGGAGACCUGCCAGGGCAAGAUCGCCCCUCCCCCCCCCCGCCCCCAAUUUGUCUCAUCCUCUGGGAUCUGAUGCUGGAGGGAAGAGAAUGGCUGCACAGCAAUAAUCCCCGAUCUUUUGGCUGAAGCCACUAAAAGUUUCCAGGCCGGUGGCUUUGCUGCCAGAGAAGAAGCCGAACCCCCCCUCCAGCUUUGGCUACCUUGUUCUCUUCUAGAUGCUCUCAUGGGGUUUCCCCAGAUGUGCUCAACCCCCCCACCCCCGAAAGCAAAGCCCAGGGCAUCUCCUUCCAUGGGAAAUAACGGGGCGGGACAUUCUCCAGGAGACGACCCCCAGAAGGUGGUCCUGCCAUGGCUGGAGGGUGGGCGAGCGAGGGGUCUCCAAUGCCACUCUUCCCUCUUACAGCCCUGUGAAGGGAAGAGUCCGGAGGGCCUCCUGCUCUGGAGGAUGAUGACUCUGCCUCACUGGCUUGGGGGCAAAGACUCCCGAUGGUUUCAGCCACCUCUGGAAAUCCCCUGGCGCCUUCAACACCCCCAGGAUUUCACGCCACAAAUUUUCCACAGGAAAUGGGUGACGGCGGAAGUGAUGCGUUUUAGCCACAGAUAAAGUUUCAUCUCACAUCUCCCCUGUUUUGAGGCGCGCUCUGAACAGGCAGUUCUGGAGUAGCAGCUCUUUCUUGUGCCGAGAAUGAGGGUUUUGGGCCAUCCAGGGACCCUGCUUGGACUCCUCUUGCUGCUGGUGGCCCCAGGCGAGCCGGCGACAGGCAGCCCCCAGGCAAAAGUGGAUUGCAUUUGCCACAAUGGCGAUUACGUGAUCUGCGACUGGGGCAGCCAACAGAAGCCUGUUCACAACUACUCUUUCUACUUCUGGUUCGAGCUGCUCAGCAAGCCUUCAGAGUGCAAAGAUUACAUCCAGAAAGACGGGCUCAACGUGGCCUGCCACAUCAGCAAUUACGACCUCUUCAACUCCAUGGGAAUGCACCUCAAUGACAGUCAGGGGCAGACUGUUGUCCAUCAAGAGCUACGUCUGAGUAACAGAGUGAGACCUGGCAGGCCUUUUAACCUCACCUUGAGCAACCUGAGCAACCACCAGCUACUCCUGACCUGGAAAACCCCCUACGAAAUUCCCGAAUGUUUGGAACACCUUAUCAGAUACAAGAGCAACAAGGACACAGAGUUUAUGGAACACUCCAUCGUAAAUAGCCUGAAAUUCCAAAUUCCCAGCGUGGAUCCUGAGAAGCGCUACACCUUCUACGUCAAGAGUAAACGGAACAAUAAUUGUGCAACCACAGAUCUCUGGAGUGAGGAAUCCGAGCCUGCCUUCUGGGGAAAAGAAGAUAUGUCCCCCCCUUUGCUGGCUUCAAUAAAGACCAUUGUGAUUCCGUUGGGCUCCUUCCUCAUUCUGAUACUGCUGCUCCUGGCCUUGCUGCGGAUGGAGAGAGUGUGGGUGGUCCUGAUGCCCAGAAUCCCGAACCCCAGCAAGAAGUUUGAGGAUCUCUUCACUGCGUAUCAAGGCAAUUUCUCAGAAUGGGCUGGAGUCUCCAAAGACGACGUGGAGACCUUCAAGCCCAACUAUUAUGAGGACAUCUGCGCCAUCACGGAGCUGCUGCCCAGCGGGGGCUACCUGUCUGCAAGCAGCGAGCCCACAGCCAAGAGCGGGGGGCCGCCUGACCCAUUGCCAGACCCUCCUCCCAAGACCAGCCCAGAUCCUGCAGCGCUCACCACCUGAGUUUGCACAGGGAGCCCGCGUGGAGGGAGGGAGCCCUGCCUCCAGGGCCCCAAAGGGCCCCCCCCACCUGCUUGUAAUGGGAUGGAAGAGAAUUCUGUCAGGAAAGGAAUAGCACAAGCUGGCCCUGCUGAAAGAAUGUCCUGCAAGCGCCUAAGCUGACCUCUGGCCGAGCUUUUCCCUUCUACAUGGGCAUCCCUGUAGUGCCCAUUGCCUCCACCUCCCGCGUCUUACGGGGCCGGUAUUCUUCUGCAGGGAGGUGGGGGGGGGUGUCUGGCGUUGGAUUUUUCUUCAGCCAUGUCAUCCCACCCAGGCGGCCUUGACUUCCCACUGACUACUCCUGCUUUCUUGCUGCUGACUGAGAGGGUGCGUGUCCUGUACUGGAAUAAAAAGGCCCUCGGCCAUUCCGUCCCUUGCCUCCUUCGUCUGUGCCUCCCAGGGGUCCCGUUGGAUCCCAACCCCUGGCAACCUGGGUCCUAAUUCGAUGGUUGAGCUGUUGCAUCCCAAGGCCCUGGUCACUUCGCUGCUUCUGCGCCCCAAAUUCUUAAUUACCGGAUUCCCAUCGAUAUUCGUGCUGCUCUCAAAGCUAAAGCCCUGGAACGCGUCUUCAUUAAAGGUGCUGACCUGA